AUGUCGGAAUCGGACGUGGACCCAACAGCGUUGGUUGCAAACGACAAGCCGGUAGAGGAUGUUGAGAAGCAGCAGGCCACAAAUGUGGGUACGCCGACAAAACGCACACCAAAACGGAAAGCGGUGGACGCAUUUAAAAAGGAAAGUGAAGAACUUAUGAAAACGCUAGGCGUUUCGAUGGACAUGGAAGACGGGCGUCGACGUACCCGUUCCAGCGCACGUGGCACUACACCGACUACCACACCUGCUACCCCACCGACAAAGCGUGCACGAGGAGCGGCCACUUCGAAGCCGGCGGAAGAUUCCAAAUCUCCGACCACCGCAACCACUCCAAAAAAGCGUGGUGGAAUGCAAGGCAAACGGUUGUUGGUGCUAAUGGACCCGACGUUGCCGAAGGAAUAUUCUGAGGCAGCAUCUGCCGUUGGGGAGAAUGACGAUGCUGGGAAAACCACGGAAUCCGAUGUCACAGAUUCAAAGGAUACGGAGGAUAAGGACGAGAAUGUAAAAGAAAACGAUCUGAAGGAGGAAGACAAUGCCAAAGAGGAGGAGGUACUGUCUGACAAGAAAGAGGACGUUAAAGACACCGAAGAUGAUACGGUUAUGGCUAGUGUAACUGAACCGGCGGAAGAUGCUGUUGCAAAGGAAGAAGAGCCGGUCAAAGGGCAAGUGAACGACUGUGUUCCGGCGAAAGUAGAGGAGGUUCAGAAAACAACAGUCGACGCACCAAAUAAGGAAUGUUUGGAAGAGAACAAAACCCAAGAAGCAAUGGAAACGGACGAAGUUCAGGAAGAAAAAAAGGAAGUUCGAUUGGAAAAUCAAACUAAUGAAAAGAAAUCGGACGAUACUAACAAGGAGGAAGUAGUAGUCGAAGCUGUUUGUGAAAGCAAUGGAAGCAAUACGAACACCACCUCGGAAAAGUCUACAGAACCGGAAGUAGCUCAGUCUGAUGAAGUGGAGAAGAUGUGUCUGGAGAAUGACAAGCAACCAGAUACCACAGCUCCUGUUAAAGACGAUUCAACCGUUGUCGAACCAGCUCCGGCUACCGAGGACACAAAAGUGAAAGAAAAUGACAGCGCUGCUGCUAAGAACGACAAAGAUAUCACGGUGAAUAAUGUAACGGAUGCUAAGGUUGUCGAAAAAGUCGUCUCACCUGUUGAAGUCGAAACAAAGAUCGUUGCGAGUGAAGCAACAGCGACCACUAUAGAGCCGACAACAGCGACACCGGAAUAA